CGGCGGCCAAUCAGGAGCGUGCGCACACGUGACCAGGUCGAGCGAAGGAGCCGUGGACUGGAUACCUCGCGCGAUUUGAUUGGCCCGAUGCGCCGCGUGGAAUUCGCAGGCACACGCAUGCUUUGACGUUGCUCUUGAAGGGAGGAUCGCCAGGAUCGGCGAGUCUCAUUCUGCGAUUCGCGUUGCAUCAGCCACUUCUACUUUUCGCGAUGGACCUCUCUCGCCUCCUCUCGCCUUGCAUGGACGACGACGUCUCGGACGCGACGUCGACGGCCUCGGUCUCGCCGCCGUCGUCGCCGGUGCUGUGCCCGUCGUCGCCGCCAUCGUCGCCGGCCAGCAUUGCCUCGUCGUCGUCGUCGUCGUCGCUGCGCACGGGCAAGUGGUUUUAUGAAGAAGAGCAAUAUGCGCUCGCGCUCGUCGAGUGCUUUCUCUUGAGCUACUUUCCUUCGCUCUCGGCCGGCUCGUCGCUGCGCCUCUUCCUCGCCGACAAGCUCUCGUGCUCGCCGAUGCGCAUCUCCAAGAAACUUAGCCGCGAACCGCUCGAGCUCGCGGGCGUCGCACUGCCCAAGAAGCUCGGCCAGCAGCGGUACCUCGAACAGCCCAUUGACACGGCCCAGCGCACACGGACGCUCGCCCACUUGGCGCAGCUCGAAGCGACUUUCCAUCGCUGCCUCGCGCACGAACACCGCCUCGCGUCGCCGCAAGAAGCCCAGAAGCGCGGCAUGGACAUGCACUCGAACGCCAUGCACCGCACGGGCUACUGGUUCCGCGAAGAGCAAGUGUACGCGUGGAAGCUCAUCGAUUUCUUCCUCAAGGGCCAGCUCCGCCUCCGAAAGGGCACGACGCUGCGCGCGUACUUGGCCGAGCAGCUCGGCUGCAGCCCCAUGCGCAUCUCCAAGAAGCUCGCGUCCGGCCUCAUUGGCGGCAAGACGAUCCCAAAGAAGGUCGGCACGGCCACGUACCGCCCGCAGUCCAAGCACACGGCCGAAUUUACACAAGCCGCGCUCAAGGCCGAGGCCGAGCUCGCGGCCGCCCGCGCCGCCUGCUUUGCGUUCAAGACCAACCCGAAUGCGUACGCAGAGGCGACGCUGCGGCCGAUCGCGACGCCGCUUUUGCUGCUGCGCCGGGCCGCCAUGGUCGAAGUCUGAACGCAUCACUCUGUCUUAUUUAUUCGCCCUUUCUAAAUCUAACAUGUUAAUCUCGUCCGUUGCCAGUUCCCA